UUUAUUUAUUUUUAGAACUAAAACCUUAUUAUGUUUUUAUUUUAACUCCUGAGUACUUGUGUUGCUAAUGGUCCAUAUCUCAAAAAUGUUACCCACUCUGCAGCUCUACCUUUCUUAUCUUGGCAUGACUUUACUAUGCAGCUUCUUAUAACAUAGCAGCUACCUUAGAAGUUGGAGGCAAGGUCGUGUAGCUGCACUAUAUUCUGCAUGGGCCUUGGAUCCACACUGCCAGCUGAAUCCAUGGGAAAAGGGCAGGGGAGGAUUGUAGGGAGAGUGUUUUUCUUCAGAAGAAUGGCAUCUGAAAAGGCCUGCAAGUGGUGUGAGCUUUUUUUUUUAGGUGGGAGUGUAAAGGCAGUGGGGAAUAUUUCAGGCUAAACUAUGUGGGAUGGAUUCUAAAGGGCUAGAGAAGUGAAAACCUGAAGAGGCUUUCUGACAUGAGAGAGCUAGGCAUUGUAGCCAGGUAUAUAGAGAGAAAGCGUGGUGAAAUGAGAAAAUAAUUUGGAAAAAUGAUGUGAAUGUGUGCUGGUGGAAGCAUGUGACACUUAUCUGGAUGGACUUCACAGAAAGAAGUGUAACUAGUUGGUGGUGUGAAGUUGAUGGAUUGGGUGUUAUUUUAACUGGACAGAUAGAAAUGAGAUGCAAUUAUGGAUGAAAUGUUACUCUUUUACAUUAUUGCUAAAGCAGGUGUAAUGGUAGGUAAUCUGUGGCCGUAUCUGCAUUAGGAAGCUGAUUUUCCUGUUUUUCGAGGGGGCAAAAAUAGGUCAGUCGUGGUAUAACUUUAGAGUGUACUAUGUAGAAGCACAUAGAUUGCUCUGCUCUAAGUGGGAUGGAAGGACUUUCCAGUAAAAAUGUAUGUGACUCUGCUGGAGGUUGUUUCUUGGUACUGCAGAAAAAGAAGUAGGAUCUAUGUGGGCUUUUGUCAUCAGCACACCCUCAGAAUAUGCUUCUCGUUACGUACUGCCUGAAGGCACCUGGGAGUUUUGCCACAUGGAUCCAAGGCUCGUAUGCUGUGAGCGUUAUUGUUUCGCUUGUUGGUGGGUUGAGCACCUUUCAGUUGUAAAGGGAAGCACAGUCAAAGCAAUUUGCAUUGCAAUGGACAAUAUACAUAUGAAGUUGUAAAGAAUGGAUGCAGUACAAAAGCAGUGUGGAUGUACAAGCACAAACCAUAACCACCAACGCAAGAGUUGAAGAGUUGGUGGAGAAUAGGCUGUAAAACGGCUUAUCGCAGAAAUUUGGCCAUGAUGGUUGCUAAAACCUUGACAAAAUUUAAUCCAGUGUGGUUUUCCUCUCUCUUUUUUCACUUGUGGUCUUCCAGGCUGCUGCUGGCUGGUUCUGAGGGUUUUAAUACAGGACCUUGAACUGGGUCCAGGCACUCCAGGUACUCUGCUGGGUACAGAUCGUCUAUUGCUUCCAGGGAUGAAUGAGUGCUGGAACCUGUGUUUUAACUGCCUGUUGUUCAUGUCUGUUAUUUACUCUGCAGAUUCAUCACGUGAAUUAAGUGCAAGCUUUUCCUGGUACUUCAGUGAAGAAUUUAUUGAGUAUAUGGCUAAUAACACAUUGCUUUAGAAGCUGUAUGCUAACUUUGAGACAGGGGUUUAUCUCUUGCAUGAUUAAGAUAUUUUUUGAACAACUCCCUUAGACUCGAGUGAUGUACCUGCCGAACACCUUGAAAGGCAAAGCAUGAUCACACUGAGUCCCAAGAGCAUAGACUCAGGGAGGGAGGAGGCAAUUACUAGCCUUGAAAUAUUUGAACAAGUGAGUCCAAUCUUAGUAGCUCUGGCAAGUCAAGGGAUACUGGAUUCUAAAAGCAAAAGUAUCUCAGUUCUUAUUCAGAGUCUUUAUAAACAUUGGUUGAGGUUUGGGGCUUUGGCAGUGACAAACUAAUACAGGUCACAUCAUUUGCAAAGCCUUUUUAAGAUAGGAUUUGCCAAGUAAGUCAGUGUGUGAAAAUACCAUUUUAUAUCAUCUGUAUUCUUUUUGCCUAGAGAAGAAGUGUUACAAUAUAUUUUUUGAGGAGUCACACUGAAAAAAACCCACUUAUUCACGUUUAAUUGUAUGUGGGUGUUGAGUAUGUGCAUCUGUAAUCUUGAAAACUUUCAGGUUUGUUAGCCAAGGCAAUUGAAUGCAAAGUGCCGUGCUUGAUGGGCUGCAAGCAAGAUUACACAAGCUGCAAGUUUUGGAUCCUGAUGUCAUUAUGGUGUAGAUGAGCGUUAGUGUUAUCCUUUCUAUGGAAUUUUUUGCUAUUAAAAGGUGGUCUGUGUAAUACUAAUAAGUCUGUACAGGGGCUGAAUGAAAAAACUGUGGAGCAUCCACAGUCUUCAAUGUGCAUGAGUCUGAGUAAAUCUCAGACUCAAAAUGUCAGCUUCAUUUUUCCGUGGCUACUCUAACGAAAAGCUAACAGAGUUGUGUUCAUUGGAAUGUCAUAUGUUUGGUUGGAAUCUCUGUUAUGACUUCUGGAAUGAAACAGAAAGGAGGUGGAUAGUUGGAUGUGCUCAUCCCUUCCUGAUUUCAUCAGCUGAUUUCGGGGUUGAUGAGAGAUAAAGCAAGUCUGCCUGCCAUGGCUUUUAUCUUCCUGCUUUUUGAGCCUUCAGGACUCGUGCUCUGUUGAAUUUUCUUUUAGUUCCAGAUGAAGUAUCUUGUAUCUUCUGCUGCACAGCAAAGUACUUGUUGUUCUAAAAAUCCCCAUGCGUGUGCUUCUCUUGGCCCUGAGGGGUAGUUCUCCUAUGUAGUCAGUGAAUACAGCAGGAUUCACUUAGCAGCAUGUGUUAAUGGGAAUGACCUAUUGACAGAAUAAAUUAUCUGUUUGAACCUAAAAUGUGGAAAAUGCACUGAUGCUUUUUAAAUGUGAUGUUUAAAGGAAAACUGUUAACUAUAUUCAUUGUCAUAAAGUUUUCGUAAGCAUCACAGCAUCCUCAUAAUUUGACACCUCUGCAACAUAUUUAUAAAUGUUUUGUGCAUUUAACUGUUGUUUUCUGCAGCUGCCUGGAAGAUCUCUAUUAGCAAAAUGCAGUUUUCUGUUUGUCUUUAUGACAUCUAGAAAAUGUAAUUGCAUAAAGUGAAAAGAAAAAGCCAUUUGUAUGGCCUGAUCAUCAUAGGUCAUGAAACAAGCACAGCCUGAUAAAGCAUUGGCAUGAAAGGCGACUUCUGCUUUUCUCUCCUUGCUCCUCCAUAUGCUCAUUUGUAGAAUAGCAAAUUAAAAGUAAGAACGUUAUUUAAUCCUUGCCUCUAGCAUUGUCCUUGUGUGUGCUCUGUGCAGUUUUGGUUGAGAGAAUGCGAAUCCCAAGCCCUGUGCUGACAGACUAGAAUUUUCACAUGAUCAUGCGAUCCCUCUGAUGCUCACCCAGCAUCAAGCCUUUGUGUCCUGAGGGAUUUAGGUUUUUCUGUCUUUCUGGAAAUGUAGGAGAAGGGUUAAAACUCAGCUCUGAAAGUCCAGGGACUAAGCAGAUCAUAUUGAUCCCCUCCCAUUCACGUACACAUUUCAUGUGAGAACGCUGACCUAGAAGCAAUGAGAGUUAGUUUAUUAGUUUUGACAUUGGGAUUCGUUAGCUGUAAUUCAAUUAGAAGCACACUGAUGGAUGUGUUUGUAUGCUGGGGCUGGCAGCUGCUCUAGGUUCAGAAACUUAGAAUUCUAGUAGGAAAAUUGUUUUGUGCAAUCUUGGGUAGGAUUUGUAUUGCUAGGCUAAAAGUGACAUCGCACUUGAUUUGGUUUUUAAUAGGUUUCUCUCUGUUUCCAAUUAUGUUUCUAAUUAGAAUAAUGUCUUAUUUCCCAUGACAGUUUAAAAAUAAUGCAAAGUCUGUAAAAGAGAAGCUAUCAAGAUGAUUGAAAAAUGUUUUCAUUUGUUAGUUGGAAACCUUCUUCCAUCUUAAUUGGAUACAUAGACCUACCGGGCUACAGGAAUAAUUUUGGUGUUUACAGAAUGUUACGGUGCAGUAGUUGCUAAGCUUUCUUCUGUCGGUGUGUCUUGGGGCUGUUUCCAUUCUCACCCCAGCACACACACCAGCCUGUAACCAGCCAGCUGUGCAUAUUCCCUUUCUAGUGGGAAGACAGAACACCUCUCUGCCUUGCUGUGUAAAUGUUGGCUUUUCAGGUGUGAGAUCUGCUGUUCUGUCCUACCCUUUCCCAUCCAGUCAAAGCUCCUUCCUUUCACACCUGAGGUAGUGUCUUUCGCAGCAGCAUUGUUUCUCCUAAAUUUUUUUUUUGCCACUUAGAACCAAGGUUUAUGCCUCAAGGGAUGGAUGUUUGAAUAACUGACUCGGGGAGCCUGAGAGACCUAGCUGAGAACACAAUUGUAGCUUAAGUCAAAUAAAAGCUGGCUGCAGUGGAAAGAACAUGAAAGAGAUCUGGAACUGGUAUUCUGUAGUUGCUGGAACUUGGUCUUUGAGGGGAAGACAGAUCUAAACCUGCUAUGGUUGUGGAAGGGGUUCAGGCAGUCUGGGAUUGAGGCUACAUCCAAAGCUGUCUCCAUGGCUGCCAGCUCCGAAAGCUCUGGGGUCUUAGAUUCCGACAGCAGUGAACUUACCUUGCAAUGCAUAAUUUAUCACGGCUGAGUGCAGCUGCCACAAGAGCCUGCCCAUGUUUUUCUGGAGUAUGACUGAAGUCAAGCCUCCGUGUGCGGUAUGCUGCUGCCGUGUGUGUAAUUACCUUUGGAGGUAUGGGAGAAGGGUUGGGAGCUCAGGGAUAUGAGGAGGGAUGGCAUUCCCUUUCUGCUAAGUACCUCUGACAUGCUGCAGUGAUAGAGGAGGUUAGGACUGUGCCAAAGCUGUGGUGCUUGCCAGGAAAAUCUGUGAUUGCAGGUAAAUAUGUAUUUGCAAGGUCAGAGUGGUGCUGUGCUCCGUAGCAGCAGACACAAGGCUGAGAGUACAUGGCAAGUCGUGUGUUCUGACUCUCAGCCCCUGGAGAGGGUUGUCUGUCACAGAAGGCUCGAGACCACAGUUAUGGGUGUUUGUGUAAUGGCUCAUUUUGUAAUAAUGAUACUUUCUUUUUUCUUUUUUUUAGUAGUAUGACCUGUAAGACACCAAUUAAUGACAAUAAACCUUCCUUCUGUUUUUAGAAAGCCCUUUACUGUCAAAUGGAUCAUGAAAUUCAUUUGGUUUAAAAAAAAAAAUCCCUGUGAAGCAUCUCCCCAGUGUUCUUCUGUUCUCUUCUGAAAACUGAACCACAUGGGAUGCUUUAGAGGCUGGGGUUCCUCUCUGGCUUAAUUUGCAGAGCAGCUGGUGCAGAUAAGAGAUGCCAAGAUGCAGAGGGUAUACAGCAUGGCCCAAACAGAGAAGAAAGGUGGACUGCUCCGGAAAUCUUCAGCCUCCAAGAAGCCAUUGAAAGAGAAAGUUGUGUUGAUGUAUGAUGAGAUUUUUACGACGGAGGACCCCAGUAAAUGCAACCCUCGGUUUUGGGAGGAGCUAUUUCUCAUGAAGGUCAACCUGGAGUAUCUGGAGGGCAAGCUGGAGGCUUUGGAUGGGGAAGAGUUAAUGAAGAUAAAAGAUAACAUCAACUGCUUGUUUCAGCACUGCAUCCAGGCCCUGGGUGAGGAGCACCCAAUCAGAGUGGUCAAUGCAUUACAGACUUUGUGUGCAUUAAUUCGGGGUGUCCACCAGAAGAACAAAUCCACUUCUGGGUUUGACAUCAUCAACAUGCUUGUGGGUUUUGAUAAGGCAGAGCUAUGUAUGAAGAAUCUGAUGGAGAGCUUGGACUCACUCCUAUGUGCUGAAGGUUCUGAAAGCCUCAAAAGCUUGUGUCUGAAGCUACUUCUCUGCUUGGUGACUGUGACGGAUAACAUUAGCCAGAACACCAUCCUGGAGUAUGUGAUGAUUAACAGCAUAUUUGAAGCUAUUUUACAGAUCCUGUCCAGCCCACUGAGUCGCAGGGAACACGGGUAUGAUGCUGUUGUCCUUCUGGCCUUGCUGGUCAACUACAGAAAGUAUGAGUCAGUGAAUCCCUACAUUGUGAAGCUCUCCAUCGUGGAUGAUGAGGCCACGCUCAAUGGAAUGGGACUUGUAAUUGCCCAGGCUUUAUCGGAAUAUAACAGGCAAUACAAAGAUAAGGAAGAGGAGCAUCAGACUGGUUUCUUCUCAGCCCUAACUAAUAUGGUGGGCAGCAUGUUCAUAGCAGAUGCUGAUGAGAAGAUCUCAGUCCAAACGAAUGAAGCAAUCCUUCUGGCCCUCUAUGAAGCUGUUCACUUAAACCGGAAUUUCAUCACAGUUCUGGCACAGAGCCAUCCUGAAAUGGGCCUGAUGACAACACCAACAAGCCCAAUUCCAAUGACACCUGUCACUCCACUUGGAACCACCCCGCCUUCUUCAGAUGUUAUAAGCUCUGCAGAGCUACCUUUGGACGCUGAUGUGCAAACCAGCAACCUGCUGAUAACCUUCUUGAAGUACAGCUCGAUUGUGAUGCAGGACACAAAAGAUGAGCACCGACUGCACAGUGGCAAGCUGUGCCUGAUUAUCCUGACAUGCAUAGCAGAGGAUCAGUAUGCUAACGCUUUUCUUCAUGAUGACAACAUGAAUUUUCGUGUAAACCUACAUAGAAUGCCAAUGAGACAUCGUAAGAAAGCAGCAGACAAGAACCUGCCCUGCCGCCCGCUGGUGUGUGCGGUGCUCGAUUUGAUGGUGGAAUUCAUUGUAACACACAUGAUGAAAGAAUUUCCUAUGGAUCUCUAUGUACGGUGCAUUCAGAUUGUGCACAAGCUGCUGUGCUACCAGAAGAAAUGCAGAGUGAGACUUCAUUACACCUGGAGGGAGCUCUGGUCAGCUUUGAUCAACUUGUUAAAGUUCCUCAUGUCUAAUGAGACUGUGUUGCUGGCCAAGCACAACAUCUUCACUCUUGCUCUUAUGGUUGUGAACCUGUUCAACAUGUUCAUCACUUACGGAGACACCUUCCUCCCCACUCCCAGCAGCUAUGAUGAGCUGUAUUAUGAAAUCAUUCGGAUGCAUCAGAAUUUUGACAACCUUUAUUCCAUGGUUCUAAGGCUGUCUACCAAUGCUGGUCAGUGGAAAGAGCCUGCAAGCAAGGUGACCCAUGCAUUAGUGAAUAUUAGAGCCAUCAUCAAUCACUUCAACCCGAAGAUCGAGUCUUAUGCUGCAGUGAAUCACAUAUCACAGCUCUCCGAGGAUCAGGUUUUGGAAGUGGUGCGGUCCAACUAUGACACGCUGACCCUGAAACUGCAGGACGGACUGGACCAGUAUGAGCGCUACUCAGAGCAGCAUAAAGAGGCUGCCUUCUUCAAAGAGCUGGUUCGGUCCAUCAGCAUCAACGUGAGGAAGAACCUUGCUUUCAACACGCUGAGCCAGGAACUGCUGCUGAAGGAAUUCUCUACGAUCUCCUGAGGCGGGGACGCUGCUGCUGCGCCGGGCUGAGCAGAGACGGGCCUGUGUGGGCAGGGACACUACAGCUCUGCAGCCGGUCACCCCCUGCCUUCCGCCGGCAGAAGGGACUGUGUUUCUUUUAGGGGAAAGCCUUGCUGCUGUGUGUUUUGAUCCCAAUGGAAUGUGUUUCAACAGAACUUGGGCUGAGGAGUGGUGAUUGGCGUGUUGAGGAGGAAGCAAUUUUUUAAGGUGCCAUGGGAGUGGGGAGCCGUUCCUGUGACAUAGCAAUGGGAGAUUCCCUCCACAGGCUCAGGGAAGAUGCACUGGAAACCUUUGUAGCAGAGCUGGGGAGAGCUCACAACCAAAAUAAUAAAACCUGCCCAGCUGUGUGAAACUGUUCUGGGUUGAGAUCGCUCACCUGCUCUAUGGGGAAAGCUCUCUGAUCCCAGGUAUGGGCUGUUCAUUUCCAUCAUCCUGAAUCAACUGUAAUGAUGUAAUCAACUGCCCUCCUGUAACGUAAGUCAGAUCUGCUGCCAUCCCAUGGGCAAUGGCUUUGGAGUGUAAAAAUUUCCCCAAGGAGCAGGCCCUUCUCACUGCUGACUCCUGCUGUCAGAAGGUGUCACUUCAACCAAGCCAUCGGAUUACUGGAGAAGGAGAAAGUUUGCCUCCAAGGCUGUUGGCUUACAGGGUCCAGUCUGAGCCAGUAUGCAAGAACAUGUGUCCUCAAACACAGCACUUGGUUACUGGAACCAGCUCUGCUUGGGGUCACUGUUGCUUCCAGUAGUCCCAGCUCAUCUGCUGUUUCUAAGGUUGAGGGACAUUUUUAGAUACUUGGUUUUCAUGGGGCAGAGGACAGGCUGGCUCCUCCUCCUCACUCACCUUAUUGCCCAUCAGAGACCGCAUUGCGACAAUCCUCCUCUUCCUCACAGGAACGUCUGCCUUGCACAUGUUUGCAGGUAUUUGGUGACCUUCAUGAACGAAGAAGUCCCCAUUUUUUCCCUUGUGUGUAGCACACAGUUAAAAUGCAGCUGGAGAAGUAGUAACUUCGCUUUCUCACUUGCCCUCCUGUCUUCACCAAGUGACUUACAGCCACGGUCUGCUGAGGACUUCCUAAGGAAGAUCUCUGGGAUCAUGCUGUGAGGCACAGGCAGACCUUUCUGCUCCAGAGCCGGUGUUUCAGAGGUGCUUAGGCCUGGCAGAGCCUGUUCAGAGUGCUGUGUCAGGCUCCUAGCUCAGGAAAACACAGCACAAACACCCGUUCCUUGCUCGUGCAUUUUCAGCUCCCGGCAGUGCUGGUAGGAUCUGUCCUGACUUGGUGGACUGAAGCAGAGAAGUUAUUUAUGUCCCAGAUCCACCUUUUUUUUUUUUCCCCUCUAGAAAACAGGUUUUUUUUAAAAAGUGCCUAGUCCUUCUCUUAGCCUUGUAGGUUAGUGUGAGUAAUGUGGAUGUCAUGCUCAUUUACUACCAUUUAUAGACAAGGCUUAUUCACACUAAUGUACGUUAAUUGUGUUAAUGUUUCAUCUUUACCUGCUAUGAGCAUGGGUAACUGAAAACUGUGUCCUUGGCCACCCACUGGGCAUGACACCUGAUGAAGUCCCUAUAUUUUCCUUGGGAGCACUGGCUUCUCUCAGCAGAAGAUACUAUGCCUCAGCAGGGAAUUGUCUGGCUUUUAACAACUAAGCCAGACACUUAUUUGCUUUCUGCCAUGUGAGUGUGUGGAAAUGUGUACAUGUCAGAGGGACAUUGCUUGGGAGAGCAAACAGGCUCCAUAGAAUCACUGCUUGAGAACAGGCCAGGGCAUGUAGAGGAGGCAGCUUUUCCAGUGAAAAAUGAGUAAGAGUUGUUUGCAGCACAUGGUGCUUAUCUGUGUGUGGGGGAUUGUGUGUGGGAUCUCACCUCGGAGGGUGGGAGUUCCUGCUCAAGGGGACUGGAGGUGCAGCCCCAGCAUCAUGACUGUCGGAACAUUGAGUCAUCAUGCUGUCUACAUGCCUCCUGUUCUCUAAUCCCAGUUAGGCUGAACCUAGUCAGAUACUUGAGAGAGUUUGGGAUGAGUCUGCUUUUGCCUCGGCAACCUCUGGAAUUUUCAGCUUCUCAGUCUGGGCUCAACUAUUGAAAGUCUUGUCUCCCUCAGGACACUUCCUUGCUUGGAUCAUUAUAGAAGCCCAGGCUGUGACUGAGAUCUGCUCCUGAGCUCAGCCCUCAUCCGAGUCUGAGCUUGGGAAGACUGUGACACACGUCCUCUUGUCAUGCUGUCACCAAACCAAGCACUGUAAAUGGAUGUACAUACAAACCUAGAGCUCAAUAAAUAGCAGAGCCCUGACUGUC